AUGAAACUGGUCAUCAUUAUCGCUUUGAUCGCUUUCUGCGCAGCUGGACGUCUCGAACACCUGGAGCGUUCUUACCUACCUCCGGAUAACACAAACAAUCUAGGUUUUGGUUCCAAUACCGGAGGCCAAGAAAACUUGGGAUCUUUCGACUCACAACAUGGUGCUAGCCAUGGCAGCUUUGGAUCAGCAAGUCCUGCUAGAGGAAACAACUUUGGUUCCAACGGAGGUUCCAAUGGCAAUUUUGGUUUAAAUGGAGGUGCUAGAGCACCCAGCGGCCAGCCAGCUCAGAGACCGUCUCAAUUCCAGAACGGCCAGAACUCUCACUCGCAGUUUGACCCCAGCAACCAAUACCCGACACCUAAGCAGUCUUCAAACUUCCAGAACAUUCCCCAGCAAAGCUUCGACGAGCAGACCGGCUACCAUUAUUAA